AAUAGCCUAAAUUUCCACACGGCAAACGUCUUUAUAAACUUAUACUAGUAAAACAUUUCAUCAACAAAUUCCCACUUCCCAAACUAAAACAAACUACCAUCUUCAAGCUCCAAUGGAGCUCAAUUUUACCAGUUUCCAGUUCUACUUCUUCCUACUCUUUUCUCUAAUCUUUGUAGUUCAUGCGAAGCUAUACCUCGACCCGUCGGACUAUAAAGCCUUCAAGAUCAUUCAAAGAGAUUUGGGCAUAUAUAAUCACCACCCUUCUUUUAGUACAACUCCCUGCAACUCUCCUGCAGUUUCCUGUGAACGGAGAGUUGCGAAUUACAGUUCUGUUCUGAAGAUUACUCGUAUCGCUUACGAGUCGGAGAAGCUUGAUGGUUUCAUCUCCCCUGUUAUUGGUCAGCUCUCGGAGCUUCGAGAGCUGACUUUGUCAACUAACCAUCUUGUUGACAAAAUACCAGAAGAAAUUGUUGACUGCCAGAAACUUGAGAUUCUUAAUCUUAAGAGUAAUCAUUUUACUGGUGGUGUACCGUCUGAAUUGUCGAAACUUGUUCGUCUUCGAGUUCUUGACUUCUCCAUGAAUAGGCUUUCAGGGGACUUGAGCUUCUUGAGGUAUUUCCCUAACUUAGAGAGUCUCACACUUGCUAAUAAUCUUUUCACUGGGAAGAUCCCAGCAUCUCUGAAGUCGUUUAGGAACUUGCAAUUCUUUGACAUUUCUGGGAAUGAUUAUAUUCAAGGCCCAUUUCCUGUUUUAAAAGGGGUUGAAUAUAUAUCAUCAGAAGUCCCAAAGAAGAGCUUAGUUCCAAGAAGAUACAUACUUGAGCAAAAUUCAACUGCGAGGAGUAAUCGCAGUUCGUCUAGAGCUCAGAGAGCAAGCUCUGGUCCUGCUCAAGCUCCUUCGCCAUCUGCACAUAAAUCAAAGCACCACAACAAACGGAAGAAGCUCGUGGCUUGGUCACUCGGGUUCCUAGCUGGAGGUGUAGUAGGGGGUAUAUGUGGGAUGAUAUUUUCGGUACUUGUGAAGACGGGAUUGGCUAUGUUACGUGGUAGGGGAAAGGGUGCUGGACCAUCAAUCUUCAGUCCACUUAUCAAGAAAGCGGAGGACCUUGCUUUCUUGGAGAAAGAAGAUGCUUUGACAAACUUACAGUUGAUAGGAAAAGGUGGAUGUGGUGAAGUGUACAAAACAGAGCUACCAGGCAGCAAUGGAAAGAUGAUUGCAAUAAAGAAGAUAAACGAACCUGCAAAGGAGGCUGCAGAGAUCACUGAAGAAGAUAGUAAAAUGUUGAACAAGAAGAUGCGUCAAGUCCGAUCAGAGAUACAAACUGUUGGCAAAAUCAGACACCGCAAUUUGAUACCUCUCCUUGCUCAUGUGCCAAGGCACAAUUGUCAUUUGUUAGUCUAUGAGUAUAUGAAAAAUGGUAGUUUGCAUGAUAUAAUGGUAAAGCUUGCCAAAGGAGAGACAGAGUUAGAUUGGCUUUCUCGAUUUAGAAUAGCACUCGGAGUGGUUUCAGGGCUUGAAUAUCUACAUAUAAAUAAUAACCCCAGAAUCAUUCAUAGGGAUCUCAAGCCAGCCAACAUCCUUCUUGAUGAUGACAUGGAGCCUCGAAUUGCAGAUUUUGGGCUUGCAAAGGAAAUGCCCCUCGAGAAUACCCAUAUGUCAACUUCACAUGUAGCUGGAACAUAUGGGUAUAUAGCUCCAGAGUAUCACCAAACUUUUAAGUUCACAGAAAAAUGUGAUAUAUUCAGCUUUGGCGUGGUUCUUGGAUCUCUGGUAAUGGGAAAGCUACCAGGCGAUAUAUUCUUUCAAAACACAGAAGAGAUCAACUUGGUGAAAUGGAUGAGGAAUGUCAUGACUUCAGAAGAACCAAAAAGAGCACUUGAUCCUAAACUAAUGGGGAAUGGGUAUGAAGAGCAAAUGCUUCAAGUCCUAAAAAUUGCAUUCUUUUGUACUCUCGAUGAUCCCAAACAAAGGCCUGACAGUAAGGAUGUUAGAGGUAUGUUGUCCCAAAUCAAUCACUAAAUAUAAGUUUAAGCUGAAUGUUCGACUGGAAUGGUGGUAAAUACAGGUAAAUGCAGUAUAGAGCUACUCACAUAUAAGUGUAUCUAGUGUAUCUAUUAAGUGUAGUUCUGUUUUAGUGUUUUGUUGAUCACUUUAUAGUUGUAAUAUUGAAUCAAGAUUCAAGAUCAUCCAUGUGUUUGCUGAUACAAUAUAUAUUUUACUGCUCAAACAAAUAAAGAGCAAUUGAACGA